GUUCGGGACGUCACAAGCAAUAGAUAAGGAAGUAUCGAACCGUACCGCCUGUGCCACCCACCACGUGUGAUAAGAGUGACGCGGCGAAGACUGAUGACGAGCACUGACGCUUGAUGAUAUGUCCGCCCUCCCUCACAGUUCCCUCGUCGUUCUGGCGCACGCGACAGCCAGGGUGGGUUCGAUGCAGGGCGCGGCCGUUGGAGGAUCCUGUAGAGCCUCUUCCCUCUUUGAUGCUUCGCCCGCGAUGUGAUGCUGAAGGGAGAUCCGAUGUUGGUUCUGAUCCCGCUCGAUGAAAGGAUAAGGCUGAGGCUGAACUUGCGCCUCAUUUGCGCGACUUAUCGAUGCAGUACAAGCCUACCUCUUCCUGCGAACGUUCUCGCCAGAGGAUCCUCUCCAUCACAUCUCCUUGAUGGGAUCUCGUGGGGUUCUGCGACUUUUUCCGCGAUGCGAAUUGGAGUCCGUGAGCGUGGGAACAGACCUCUCGAGACGAGAUUUCAGCCACCAUUCGCGGCCCCCAUGGUUGGAAUAUCUGUUCUCCUCGGAGGACUGCCCGCGAAGGUACGCGAGAGCAUUUUCAACAUCAAUCGAAAGCGCUUCUGGACGGAAAUAUCAAUUGUGUUGCGGUUGAAGAUCCGACGCAUGUUGGAUCGCCGACGUAACCGUACAUGCGAUGUGAAAGUGCAGCUGCAGUCGCACGGAGCUGUCGAUAUGUAUAGAUCCGCGCGCCAAAUUUACCACUUCCAGACCCAGGCUCACAGCUCCGAUAACAACCUGGGAAUGUUUGAGGCGUCUAGUGUGCUCUCGUGAACAGGACCACCCGAGUGUGAAUCACCGCCUGUUCUGGUCUGGUCUAGUCUGGUUGGAAGUCU